CGGUAUCGGCACCGUGCCCUCCUCUGGGAAGUUGCCGAGGCCCGCCUUUCCCGCGCUCUCCCAGCUCGCGACUGAGCUCUCGCUCGGUGGGCAGAGGUCGCCGGCUGUACAGGCUCGGUGGCGCAGCUGCGGGCCAGAAGCGGCGCCUGCCCCGGCGAAUUUCCAAGAUCCGUGCACGGGUUCCUACAGGGAGGGCGGGGAACCAGACGAAGGGGAGGAGGAGGAGGAGGAGGAAGAGGAGGAGGUGGUGGCAGCGGCAACGUCGGCAGCUGCAGCAGUAGCAGCAGCAGCAGCAGCAAGGUGGCACGCCCAAAAGCGCGCCCACGCGAAAAAGUGGGCAUAG